AUGAGGUGGUGUAAGGUUAAUUGCAUGGAAUGGACUUCUCUCGAGAUUGCUUGGAACAAAUGUAUCAUGAGAGGCGAUUACCAUACCUUUGCUCACACCCAUCCAAGUGAGAAUAAAAUUCUUUUAAUUGUUUUAAUGUGUUUUUUAGUUGGCGAGACACUGGCAGAAUGGUUUAUAAAGGAUCUUGAAGAUUUCAAUGAAUUUGGUCUGACGAUAAAGGAAGGCGGCUUAUUCAUGGAUUUGAAAGGAAAACCGAGCAGGAAUUUGACGUAUAAUCUGACCGAUAAACGAAAUCAUCCAUUCUGCGUUCCUGAAGGAAAAGGCUUUAUCAAACCCUCGAAUUGGAAAAUCAUUGGGACGAAUCCAGCUCCAGAAUAUGGUCAUCUGCUUGUCUUCUAUAUGCUUCCGCAGAGCGUUUCUCGAAUUUACAGCAAAGGCGAAAUCACAGACAAAUCUCCUGAUGGUCCAAAAUGUGAAGAACUCUACAUUGAAUUUGACAAGGACCACUACAAACUUUUGUCUGUUGGCGAUCCACCGCCAACUACAACGACAACAACAACUACUACAACCACCACUACAACCAGUUCAACGGCCACCACAUCAACACCGACUACUGUAAAGACGACACGAACAACGACAACAACGGAAAAACCUAAACCUCAGGAUUCUUUUCCUUGGCUUAUUGUUAUUUUUGUUGGAAUUUUUGUUAUUGGUAUUCUCGCUGGUGGAGGUAUGGUCUUUGUCUUGAUGAAGGUUUGCUAA